AGGCAGCCGAGAAAAAAUGGGAAAGAGCGGGAAGAAGCAGAGGCAGCAACAGAAGCCUCCAAGAGGUUCCUACUUUCCUCAAGAAGAAGACGAUGAAGGCCAUCAUCAUCACUAUCACUAUGGUGAUGAAACUCUCCAAUCGUCUUCUAGAGGUAUCAACAUUGAAGACGACAAAGAAGUUGAAGAUGCAGAUGAAGUGCAAGAAGAAGAUGGUGCUGAUCCAAACCCAUUAACAGAUGAUAUGCCGUCCAAGUUCCUACUCUAUCAGCAAUCUGUUCAGUCGCCCAAAGGAGACAUCAGCUAUCUGCAGAAGUUCUUUCUGAUGUAUGUGGGUGGGAGAGUGCCUCUCCAUCUCCAGGAGGAUUUUUGCGGCACCGCUCUUCUUAGUACAGAAUGGCUCCGGAGUGACUCACGACGAACAGCUGUAGGAUUGGAUUUGGAUGUUGAGGCACUUGAUUGGUGCAUGGAAAACAAUGUGAAUAAAAUUGGGGCUGAUGGAUACUCCCGAAUAUCCUUGUUUCAUGGGAAUGUUCUGCAACCUCUUGAGUCUAAGCUAGUAAAAUCCCAGCUUUCAGACAUUAUUAGAAACUUUACAUUGGAAGAUAGCACUGCUGAUUCAGGGACUGUUCCAUUGGACUCUAACAUAAAAGCAUGCCCUAAUGCUUCUACUGAUGGUGAGAUCGUAAAAAGAAACUUCAGACUGCCUGCAAGAGACAUAGUGUGUGCUUUUAACUACAGCUGCUGUUGUCUCCAUAAACGUGGAGAGCUGGUCUUGUAUUUCAAGCAUGUCCUUGAUGUCUUAUCCAAAAAGGGUGGCAUAUUUGUGAUGGAUUUGUAUGGAGGUACAUCAUCAGAGUGCAAGCUGAGGCUUCAGAGGAGAUUUCCCAAUUUUACGUAUUACUGGGAGCAAGCUGAAUUUGACAUCAUUCAACGCAAGACAAGAAUUAGCCUCCAUUUUCAUCUCAAGAAACAGCAGAGAAAACUUCGCCAUGCAUUUUCAUACAGCUGGAGGCUGUGGUCUUUGCCCGAGAUUAAAGACUGCUUAGAAGAGGCUGGAUUUCAUUCCGUCCAUUUUUGGAUUCGACAAAUGCCUGAUACUGAAGAAAACAGAAGCACGGAGGGAUUUGGCAUUGGGCGAGAUGUGAAAUAUGAAGAGGUUGCAAGUUUUCAGCAACAAGAUGCAUGGAAUGCAUAUAUUGUGGGUGUUGUAAAAUGAUUCUUGAGAUCUUGCCUGAUAGUCCUUGGGGUGAUGUCGUGUUGGUUCUAACAGCAGUGGAAAGAAUAAAUGAUCUCAAAACCUGGUAAAUCAGAGCUAUAUUCACAAUUGUAAACUUUUGUUGAAUUUGAAUGAUUAAUUCACUGCCAAAAUUUUCCUUUUAACUGUACUUCAGUUUUGAUUCUUA